CGUCACCUUCCUUCUCCUCGUAUUUCUAACUCCUCCAUAGUCGUCAAAGCUCCAACGACGAGUACCUCCAAACCACUCCAUGACAGACCUGAUCUAACUCCAACACACCAAACCAGACCCAAACCAUGCAAGCCCACUUCGCCAUUCAUGGCUUCUUUCGAGCUCUGCAACUCUUUCUUCUCCUUCUUCUACCGUUUUGGUUCAUUUCCGCAUCUGGGUUCGGAUCAAUGGGACCCAUCUCGGCCUCGUUCGGCGAAGAUGGAUUCUUCUGUGCCAUAGACGCGAGCGGGAAGCAAGACGUGGUUUGCUGGGGAAAGAACAGCUCGUCAUCAUCGUCUCCAUCUUCGUCUUCUUCCUCUUCCUCCGCUUAUUUCAGUGAUAUUCCUCCUAUGGCUGCACUCUCCGGUGGUAAAGGCUUUAUUUGUGGCAUUUUAGCGAACACUUCGCAAGCAUUCUGCUGGAGCUCGAUCAGACCCGGUAUAGAUCUCGUACCUUCCGUAUUCAAGACCACUGCUUAUUCCAACGUCGCCGCCGGCGUCAAACACGUCUGUGCUAUCAGAGGACCGUACUACUCCGAUCAUAACAUGGGUACCGUUGACUGCUGGGAUAUAGAUAUCAUCAAAACCUCGAACAAUACUAGUUUGACUUCUAAAGAGUCCACUCUAUUUUACGAUCAGAAUAUUAGUAAUAUGGUUUUCAAGAAUCUAGUUUCGGGUGAAGGAUUCAGCUGUGGUGGAAUUAGAGAAGGAGGACUCGUUUGUUGGGGACCAAACUCAUCGAGUUUGGAAGUGGUUGAUGUCAAGGAAAAUUUCAUAGCUUUAGCUUCAGGGAAAGUUUCCCUCUGUGGAAUCUCAGAUAUAUCAAUGGAAAUCAAAUGUUGGGGUGAUGAUAAUGAUUGGUAUACUGGUCCUCCAAAUGGGUCUCGUUUUGUUUCUCUUUCUGCUGGUUCUAGACACUUUUGUGGGAUUAGAGAAGAUAAUCAUGGAGUUGAGUGUUGGGGUAGUUUUAACUCAUCUUCUAUACCAAAAGGUUCUGGGUUUAAGGCCAUAGCUUCUUCUGAUUUCACCACUUGUGGGAUUAGAGAAGAUGAUCUAGUACUUGAUUGUUGGGCUUAUAAUGUUUCAUCUUCUUCUUCUGAUUCACCACCUUUGUUGUAUGAUCCACCAUUGGAGCUUUGUAGUCCAGGGCUUUGUAGUCCUGGUCCUUGUAGUGAAAGAGAAUUUACUUUCAAUGCAAGUAUUCUAAAUGAGGUAGAUUUGACAAACCUGUGUGUUAGGAAAGAUCUUAAGAUAUGUUCCCCAUGUGGAUCGAAUUGUUCCGAUGGUUUCUUCUUGUCUAGUUCAUGUACUGAGAAUUCUGAUAGAGUUUGUACAGCUUGUUCUCUUUGCCAAAACAGGUCAUGUUAUGAUAUUUGUGGUCUUCAUUCUCCUCCUGAGAUGAAAAGGCUUUGGCAUCACUUGCAUAGAAUUGUGAUCAUAAUUGGAUCUUCUGCUUUGGUCCUUCUCUUGAUUUUACUUGGUGGUUGUCUUGUUACUCGUUUGAUUGCUUCUAAACAAAAGGAAGGACCAAAGAAGAAGCAAUCCAAAAACCCCGAAUUGGAAACUGAUAGCAAUGGAGAUAUGCACUCACUUCCAUCUUUAACUCCUUGUCCUGGUUUAGCUCAAGUGUUUAGACUCUCUGAGCUUAAAGAUGCCACUAAUGGUUUCAAGGAGUUUAAUGAGCUUGGCAGAGGAAGCUAUGGUUUUGUCUACAAAGCUGUGCUCGCCGAUGGAAGACAAGUCGCGGUGAAGAGAGCUAACGCUGCUACUAUCAUUCAUUCUAACAGUAGAGACUUUGAAAUGGAGUUGGAAGUCCUCUGCAAAAUCCGCCAUUGUAAUAUUGUGAAUUUGUUGGGAUAUUGUUCUGAGAUGGGGGAGAGGUUGUUGGUGUAUGAGUAUAUGCCUCAUGGCACCCUUUAUGACCAUCUCCAUGGUGGCCUUUCUCCCUUGAAUUGGACCCUUCGAUUGAAGAUCUCAAUGCAGGCUGCCAAGGGACUUGAGUAUCUUCACAAGGAGUUUGUGCCUCCUAUUAUUCAUAGAGAUGUUAAGACAUCAAACAUUCUCUUGGAUUCUGAAUGGAGUGCUCGAAUUGCAGAUUUCGGCCUCAUUACUUCAAAUGACAAAGAUCUUAGCGGUGAAGAUUUGGGAAGUGAUGUUUACAACUUUGGGAUUGUUCUCCUAGAGAUUCUCAGUGGAAGGAAAGCAUAUGACAGAGAUUACAACCCUCCAAGCCUAGUUGAGUGGGCGGUGCCUUUGAUCAAACAGGGGAAGGCGGCUGCAAUAAUCGACCGGUAUGUAGCUCUUCCAAGAAAUGUAGAACCUUUGCUUAAACUUGCUGAUGUAGCAGAACUGGUUGUGAGGGAAAAUGUUAAUGAGCGUCCUAGCAUUUCGGAUAUAGCAUCUUCGUUAGAGCAAAUUGUGAAGGAAGUACUGAUUUUGUAGUUAUGAUGGUGAAUGAGAUACUAAACAAAUUAUAAAUUGAUUGAAAAGUUAAAAAAAAAAAAAAAAAGGCAGCUCAUGUGAGUGCUGCUCUUCUGCAAUUGUACAUUUGAUAUGAGCUUCUUGUAUAUGAAGUUUACUCACACUUUCGUUGUCUUA